AUGUGUAAGGAGGCAGACAAAGCCUAAGGUAUCAGUAGAAUUCAAGAGAAGAAAAAUCUUGCAUUGACUCGAGUACUUCUACAUUAAACUAGGGAAAAACUCAGGGUCAGCGCUAUGGUGCGUCUGGAUGGGGGUUUGAGGUCUUUUAACCCACGUCUGAAGUUCCUUACAAAAAGUUAAAAACACACUUUAAUCUGGAUGGCCUUUUGCGGUGAUGUGAUUUAAAUGUCGAAUAGAACAUUAAAAACAGCCGUUGACACCAAUAUGGGCAUCUCCACUAUAAGUAAACACCCAGGCUCUUCUAUCACCCAACAAGUAGACUCGAAGAGUUAAAAGAUGGAAAGCUCAGGCUCAAGCAAAGCAAAAUGCAUCACAGGCAACAACGGCGAGGCCGAACUAAAACUCUGCGAUGCCGACAGUAAACGAGCUGGAUGGAUUACCUUCCCAUUCAUCAUAGGCACGGUGGCCUUGUUGACAUUGGCGGGAACUGGAUGGAUGGCGAACUUGAUUGUGUAUUUGAUCCGAGAGUUCAAUGUGAACCGAAUCGAUGCGGCACAGAUUCACAACGUGAUCGGUGGCUGCUUCAGUCUCCUCCCGAUCCUCGGCGCGAUCAUAGCCGACUCUGUCCUCGGAUGUUUCUUAGUCGCGUCCAUUUCUUCCGUCGUAGCCUCAAUGGGUAUGGUUCUUCUAUCCUUAACGGCAACGCUUAAUUCGUUGAGACCCAAGCCGUGCGGAAACAAAUCAAGCUCAUGCAAAGCCCCAUCAAAUCUUCAAUUCGCUGUGCUCUACAUGGGGAUAGUUCUAACAACACUCGGAGUGUCAGGAGUGAGGUUCACCAUAGCAACAUUGGGGGCUAACCAGUUCGAAAGCCAAAAGGAUCAAUCGACUUUCUUCAACUGGUUUUUCUUUGCACAAUACGCCAGUUGCGUCUUAAGCAGCACGCUGAUCGUGUACAUCGAGGACAGUGUGAGUUGGGCCUUGGGAUUUUGGUUAUGUGUCGCUGCGAAUCUCAUUGGGCUCGCAGUGUUCAUUGCGGGAAAUCGGUAUUAUCGCCAUGAGACACCUCAGGGGAGUCCACUACUGAGCUUACCUCGUGUCCUCAUUGCUAGUUUUCGGAAACGGAAGCUUCAGCUCACAUUGAUAAGUGAUGAGUUCUAUUACGGUCCACAUGGACAGAAAAAGGAGGUGGACGUACCACCUAAAAAGAAUUUCAGGUUCUUGAAUCGUGCGGCUGUGAAAACUGAUGGAGACACCAAGUCCGACAAUUCGAUCGCCAAACCUUGGAGGCUAUGCACAGUGCAACAGGUGGAGGACCUAAAAUCUGUGAUCAAAAUGUUACCACUCUGGUCAAGCGCCAUCUUCUUGAGCACCCCAAUCGCUGUCCAAAACAGCAUGACAGUCCUCCAAGCCCUAACCAUGGACCGCCACUUAGGACCUCAUUUCAUGAUCCCGGCCGGUUCAAUCCUCGUCAUGAUCAUGAUCUCAGCCUUGGUCUCUCUCGCUUUGAUGGAUCGCUUGCGCUCCCAAUUCCCACUAUGGAAAAAACUGACCAGUUCGUCUCCAACGGUAUUCCACAGGAUUGGUGCGGGUCAUCUCCUGAGUGUGCUCGGCUUGAUUGUAUCGGCACUAAUCGAGUCACGCAGGCUCAGGACAGCCCAUAUCCACCAUCUCCAAAAUGUCAACAAUCCCACAGUCCCAAUGUCGGCACUGUGGCUAUUCCCUCAACUGAUUCUGAUCGGAAUCGGCGAAGCAUUCCAUCUUCCAGGACAAGUGUCGUUGUACUUCCAAGAAUUCCCAGCGAACUUGAGCAACAGCGCGACGGCGAUGGUUGCAGCGACCAUUGGGAUUUCAUAUUAUCUGAGCACCGUGUUGGUUGAUCUGGUUCGGAGGAGCACCGGGUGGUUGCCGGAGAAUUUGAACGAUGGGAGGUUGGAUCAUAUGUACUGGUUGCUUGCCGGGAUUGGGAUGGCAAAUUUCGGGUAUUAUCUCGUAUGCGCAAAGCUGUACAAGGGAAAAGAUGGGAAUUCUAGCUCGAGCCAUAUGAUGACUGAUGAUGUUGGUGAAAACAAAAUGAGGUCUUAAAUGGCGUUGUCCAUGCAUGCUUGGAUAAGCCUGUACAUUGCAUGUCUACUUCGACAGAAGAAUGUUGUUAAUAUGAAUGCCCACUCCUUAACUGAUGAAUUUUUCCAUAACAAAA